AUGGAAGAGUCGCAGGUUCUGAACAUAAAGGCGGGCGACGCAUUGAAGGACUACGGCAGUGUAUCGCCAGCAGGACAGCAGAUUGCAAGCGUGCCAACCGUUUGCAUUUUUAUCCUUGCCGUGGAGUUGUGCGAGCGCCUCGCCUUCUACACCUUCACGGGCACACAGGAGUUCUUCUUGGAGAAGACUGGCUACUCUUUGGCGCAGGCCAAUGCCCUCACGACGGCUAUGUCCACCCUUUGCAUGGCUUGGGCCGUCUUGGCAGGUUGGGUGGCCGAUGUCCAGCUGGGCCGGUUCCGAACCAUCAUCAUCUUCGGAGUCAUUUACAGCAUAGGCGGCCUGGCGGCGACAGCUGCUGCAAGCCCAGCCUGGAUGAGCUCAGGCCUCUAUUUGUUAGCCUUGCUGGUCCUGGUGCCAAUGGGCACUGCUGGCAUCAAGUCCAACAUCUCCAACUUUGGUGCUGACCAGUAUGACAUGUCGGACCCGGAGCAGGUGGCAGCCCAGGAGCAGUUCUUUCAGUGGUUUUACAUGGCCAUCAAUGUCGGCUCAGCUUUUGCCUAUGGUUUCCUCACCACCCUGGGCACGAAUGGCGGCAUUGGUAUUUCGAAGGAGUACGGCUACUUUGCGGCCUACCUCCUGGCCUCUGCAUGUAUGGCAGCGGCAGUUCUGGCCUUCAUCGCCGUGCGUGGACGUUAUCGCACGUCGCCGCUGCUGCAGACCUCGGCCAUGGCGGAUGUUUGUCAGAACCUCGUGCAUCUUGUCUAUUGUAAUUUGCCCUUGGUGGCUGUUCUGUGCGGAUGCUCCUCCUGA